AGAAGCCGCUGAAAAACCUAAGAAUAUUGAAAAUCAACAUGAAUAAUGGGAAUAUAAAACGCCUUCAAAAGAAACUCAGCGUUUCGAAAAAGCCAGCAGUCACUGUGGAUUCACCAUUGGCAAAGUAUGACUCCUCGGGCAUCUUGACCUGCAUUAUUUGCAGGAUUCCUAUCAAACCCAACGUCUGGAAGGUGCAUAUAAAUUCCAAGCAGCACAAACUGAACGUCGAUCAGGCUAAGCAGAAUAAGGUGGAGAAACCCGUCACCACUACUGCACCCAAGGAUCCUACGGGUCCGUCCACCAAGACUUCAGCUCCUGCCAAAAACUCCAGCACACUGCCAGAUAAAACUCCACAGAGCAGCCAGGAAAAGCAUCCUCCCCUCAUUCAAGAGAAAACUGCCCAGGGAAAUGCGAGCAGCAAGCCUGAGAAUGAAACUACUGUCGAGAAACUGCCAGAAAAGUUCUUCGACGAGGAUAAGACCAAUAAAUCGGAGGCCGCUCGCCUUCAGGACGAGGAAUGGCAGCGAUUCCAGCAGGAGAUCAAGCGGGCGGACACGGAAUCCAGUGAAAUUGUGGCCGACGAGCAGGAGGACAUCAAUCUCAAGCGACACAUCAAGGAGAUCGACGAGCAGAUCGACAACUGGAAGAGAUUUAUUAAAAUUAACGAUCAGAAAAAAGUACUCCUUAGUAAAAAGCGAAGAGUAGACCCCAAGAUGGAGGUCGAUCCGGAAUUGAGUUCAAGCGAAGAAGAUUGCAGUGUGGAUGAUUUGUUCGACUGGAGAACGAAAAAUCUGCAUAGCUAGAGAAUAAAUAUGGUAUUAAAAUGUUACUGUUAU